CUUACAAUUCCCAAAAAAUAUAAAAACCAGUUCAAAUCUGAGUUUGUAUUUCCAUUUAAGAAAAUCAAAACUCAAGUUCAUCAUCAUCUUCGUGCUCACUUACCAUAUUGAUCAGCUGUUUACUUCUGUUUUUUCUACCUGCUUGAUUAAGGUGUGAUUAAUAGCUUAUAAAGAUGAAUGAUUUGAUGACAAAAUCCUUCGUUAGCUAUGUGGAUUUAAAAAAAGAGGCCAUGAGAGAUUUAGAAGCUGGUCCUGACCCUGAUCUUGAAAUAGCUAAUGCAUCCAACACCAUGGACCGUAACCUUGGUUUAUUUCUUGAAGAAGCUGAGAAUAUCAAGAAAGAAAUGGACUUAAUUCGUGAUGUUCUUCUUGUUUCUCUCAAGGAAUCAAACGAAGAAAUCAAAUCAUUGCAUAAACCCGAAGCCUUAAAGUCGGUCCGAAACAAGAUCAAUUCAGACAUUGUUACUGUCCUAAAGAAAGCAAGAACCAUCAAGUCUCAGCUUGAAGAGAUGGACCGUGCCAACUCAGCUAAUAGGCGGCUCUCCGGGUUUAAGGAAGGAACACCAAUUUACAGGACGAGGGUGGCUGUUACUAACGGUUUACGCAAGAAACUAAAGGAGCUUAUGAUGGAUUUUCAGGUGCUGAGACAGAAAAUGAUGACUGAGUAUAAAGAAACAAUCGGGAGAAGGUAUUUUACGGUCACGGGAGAGAAUCCUGACGAUGAAAUCAUCGACAAGAUCAUAUCAGACGGUAAUGGGGGUGAGGAGUUUUUGAAGUGUGCAAUUCAGGAGCAUGGAAAAGGGAAAGUGUUGGAGACAGUAGUGGAGAUACAAGGUCGGCACGACGCGGCCAAAGAGAUUGAGAAGAGCUUGUUGGAGCUGCACCAAGUGUUUCUUGAUAUGGCUGUGAUGGUUGAGGCGCAAGGCGAGCAAUUAGAUGAUAUCGAGCAUCAUGUUUUGAACGCGAGUCAUUAUGUUAAGGAUGGUGCGAAAGAGCUGAAGAGUGCUAAGGAUUAUCAGAGGGGGAGUAGGAAAUGGAUGUGCAUUGGGAUUAUACUUUUGUUGAUUAUUAUUCUUGUGGUUGUGAUUCCUAUUAUUGUUAGUUUUAGUCAUUCUUGAAUUGCUUGUUUUUGAGAUGUAAGAAGAAGAUCUUCUUCUAGUCCUUGUUAUGGGACUCUAGAGUGGCUUAUUGGUUUAUUCUUUUGAGCAAUAUUUACAUUCCGAUAUGUAAUGUUGUGAUUGAUGAUGUAGAUCUGCAAAUUUCUAAAUAUAAUAUUGAUAUUUGUUAUGAUUUUUUCA